AUGACAAUAGAUUAUCUAUCACAAGAUCUGUGCUGGCUUCUCGAUGAAUCAAAUGAUCAUAAUAUAUUGAUUUAUGCCGGAGAAGUUCCAAAUACCAAAACUUUUAAAGCUCACAUUAAUAUUCUUAGGGCAAGAUCAUUGUAUUUUCGUGCUGUCUUAUCUAGUAAAAUUUUAUCAAGUAAUUUCAAAAAAGAUCAAAAUGAUUCGUUUAUGACAGAAUGGUAUCAACCAAAUAUUACUCCAGAAACAUUUGAAGUUUUACUCAAGUAA